UUUUUUAAAAAAAAAAAUGGCAGACUUCUUUGAAAAUCCCAAAAUAGGGUUUUUAAGAAUAAGAAUCUUGUGAGUGGAUUCUCAUUCUCCAAGGCUAAAGAUGAAGCUUAAGCAAUUAGAAAGCCUCUUAGGCGACCUUGAACAGUUCUCCAAUCCAAAGGUGGAACUAGAGCAGUAUCCGACGGGACCCCACAUCGCUGCUCGCAUGCUUUACACUGCGGAGAAUUCUUUUGGGGAUGUUACCAAUAAGUUAGUGGCAGAUUUUGGUUGCGGGUGUGGUACGUUAGGUGCUGCAGCUGCUCUCUUGGAUGCAGAACAGGUUGUUGCUAUUGAUAUUGAUCCACAUUGUCUUGAGACAGCAUCGAGAAAUGCAGAGGAUCUUGAGUUGGACAUAAAUUUUAUUCAAGGUGACAUCAGGAACUUAGAAUGGAGAGGUCAGACUGUUGAUACUGUUGUAAUGAAUCCUCCAUUUGGAACUCGGAAAAAGGGGGCUGAUAUGGAUUUCCUCUCUGUGGCUUUAAAGGUUGCUUCUGGAGCAGUUUAUUCCUUGCAUAAGACUUCCACAAGAGAUCAUGUGAAAAAGGCAGCCUUGCGGGACUUUAAUGCUAGUAGUGCUGAGGUUCUGUGUGAGCUUCGGUAUGAUGUUCCGCAAUUAUACAAAUUUCAUAAGAAGAAAGAAGUGGAUAUUGCUGUGGACCUCUGGCGAUUUGUUCCUAAGAGGAAUCAAAGAAAGGUUACUUAGCAUGUGCAUUGUGGUGUAGAGUAAUGGAGAAUGGGAAUAGACUUUUCUUUAUUUCUUGCAUCUUAAUCAUGGUUAUGAAAAUUGGAUUGGACCAAUUGAUCUGAUUGGUUCCACCUUGACUUCGUGGCAUGUUCAAUCUGAUUGAAUGGUUUAAUAGUUUGUCGUUACUGUGUUAACCAUCCCAGUUUAUGGUUAAACCACUGGUUUUACUGCAGUUUAAGGACAUGUCAACUCUAACACAAUAUUUGCAAAUGUUUUUUUGAAA